AUGGCGCUGCCGCCGCCUCUCCGGUACCCGACGGGGCUGGCGCGGGGAGCGGGGGUGCGGGGGCUGCUCCUGCUGCUGCUGCUGCUGCUGGCCGGCCCCCGCCCCGACCCCGGCCCCGGCCCCGACCCCCGCCUGGCCGGCGCCGCGCCUUCGCCUUCGCCUCGCCACAGCCCCGACGGACGGAGCCCGGAGCCCGACCAGCCCUUCCGGGUCCCGGACGGGUGGCGGCCGGUGGGGCGGGUGGCCCCCUCGGAGACGCUGAGCCUGACCUUCGCCCUGCGGCAGCAGCGCCCGGCCCGCCUGGCCCGCCUGGUGGAGCGCCUCUCCCGCCCGGACUCCCCCCGCUACGGGCAGUUCCUGACGCUGGAAGAGGUGCAAGCGUUGGUCAAGCCAUCCUCCCUGGCGCUGGACACCGUUCACAAGUGGCUGGAGGCUUACGGCAUCCAAGACUGCCAGACGGUGCACACCGGGGAUUUCUUGCAGUGCCUGAUGCCAGCAAAUGUGGCUGAGCAGCUCCUCUUGGGCGCCCAGUUCCACCGCUACAGGAAUGGCGAGCGCAGUGCUGUGAGGUCUCCUUUCCCGUACACCUUGCAGAAGGAGCUGGCGGAGCACGUGGAGUUCGUGGGGGGCCUCCACCGGUUUCCAGCGGACAGGAAGGCAGUCGUUCGGGGCUGGGGCACGGAGAAGGUGCUGCCCUGGCCGGCGGUGCGGUCCUCCUUCCACCUGGGCGUGACGCCGGCUGUGAUCCGCAAACGCUACAAUCUGACCGAGGGCGAUGUGGGGGCAGCAGCCAACAACAGCCAAGCUUGUGCCCAGUUCCUCGAGCAAUACUUCCACCAGGCUGACCUGGCCGAAUUCAUGAGUCUCUUUGGGGGAGGCUUCCCGCACCGCUCCAGCGUCGAUCAGGUUGUUGGGCGCCAGGGGCAAGGCAAGGCUGGCCUGGAAGCCAGUCUGGACGUGGAGUAUCUCAUGAGCACAGGAGCCAACAUCUCUACCUGGGUCUUCAGCAAUGCAGGGAGGCACGAGAGCCAGGAGCCCUUCCUGGACUGGCUGCUGGUGCUGAGCAACACCUCCACCUUGCCCUGGGUGCACACGGUCAGCUACGGCGACGAUGAGGACAGCCUGUCGCGGGCCUACAUGGCGCGCGUCAACGUGGAGUUCAUGAAGGCGGCCGCCCGGGGGAUCAGCAUCCUCUUCGCCUCAGGUGACUCCGGGGCAGGUUGCCGGAAGGUCUCCGGGGGGAAGCACGUGUUCCGGCCCAGUUUCCCAGCCUCCAGCCCUUAUGUGACAACCGUGGGUGGGACGGCCUUUGAGCAUCCCUUCCUGGUGAGUGCAGAAGUGGUCGACUAUAUCAGUGGAGGUGGCUUCAGCAACAUCUUCCCCAUGCCGAGUUACCAGACGGCUGCUGUGAAAGAGUUCCUGAGCGCCGCCCCCAAGCUGCCUCCCACCUCCUACUACAACAGCAGUGGGCGAGCCUACCCGGACCUGGCGGCCCUUUCGGACAACUACUGGGUGGUGACCAACCGCAUCCCCGUGCCCUGGAUAUCCGGCACCUCGGCCUCGACUCCCGUGGUGGGGGGCGUCAUCGCCCUGAUCAAUGACCGGCGGCUUCAGCGAGGGCGGCCCCCCUUGGGCUUCCUGAACCCUGCGCUCUACCGGCUCCGGAGGCAAGGGGCUUCCUCUGCCUUCUACGAUGUGACUCAAGGGUGCCACCUGUCGUGCCUGGAUGCCACCGUGGAGGGCCAGGGGUUCUGCGCUGCCCCCUCCUGGGACCCUGUGACAGGUUGGGGGACGCCCAACUUCCCAGAGCUGCUGCGUGCCCUGAUGGGUCAGUGA